GUCCUGGGGUGCCGAGGUGUCGGCAAGUCAGCCCUGACCGUGAAGUUUCUAACCAAGAGGUUCAUCAGCGAAUAUGAUCCCAACUUGGAGGACACCUACACCUCAGAGGAGCUGGUGGACCAGCAGCCCGUGCUGCUGAAGGUGAUGGACACUGCUGACCAGGAUGGCCCCGGGAACUGUGAGCGAUACCUGCGCUGGGCCAGCGCCUUCCUCGUGGUCUACAGCAUCGAGGACAGGAAGAGCUUCGAGGGCUGCCAGCGCUACCUGGAAGUGCUGGCCCUGCACGCCCGGGGCUGCCAGCACCGCUGCCCUCUGCUCCUGCUGGGCAACAAGCUGGACAUGGAGCAGUACAGGCAGGUGCUGGCAGCCGAAGGGAUGUCCUUGGCGAGCAGGUUCGGGGGCCUCUUCUACGAGGUGUCGGCGUGCCAGGACUUCGCGGGGGUGCAGCGCGUCUUCCAAGUUCGGGAGGUCCGGCGCCGGGCGAAGGGCAGCCCUCCCCUCCGGCCGCUCUUCAUCACCGAGGAGCGACCCUUUCCCCCGGUGGCCACGGCCGUGGCCCUGCCCACUGCUCACAGGCUGGCCAGCUGCACCUUCAACACCCUCUCCACUGUCAACUACAAGGAGAUCCCUUCGGUGGCCCAGGCCAAGCUGGUCACCGUCAAGUCCUCGCGGGCUCAGAGCAAGAGGAAAGCUCCCACGCUCACCUUGCUGAAAGGCUUCAAGAUAUUUUAG